AUGGAUUUCUUGUGGAUGUCAACCUUGACAUUGACCUCGUCGACAUGGAUGUUGAUAUCAUCGCUGGCCCUCAUUCUUAUCUACGUGAUAUACAAAAGACAGACUCAACCUAAAUACACCUUCCCCCCAAUAACCCCCCUCCCCGACUUCAACCAUGAAACCACCGACCCUAUCCAGCUCCGUCCCUUCAAACAGAAAUACCAUCUAACCAUGGGCCUCACAAACGUACCCCCCUCAGACCUCUUCCCCAUCGACAAAACAUACAAAUUGCGCCUCGCGCUGCGCUCAUCACUCAUCUCAAAGCACAGAGAUACAGUCAUUGGUGUCUCUGAUGAUAAUGGGAUGGAUACGAGGGUCCGCGAUGCUGUGGAGGAGCUAUAUGCGUUUCUUAUCGAGUGGUACUUACCAAACCGGUAUCCGUCGAUGUUUAGGGUUAUUCCUUUCCCCAAGGAGAAGGGAGGGAAGGUAUUAGUGAAUAAAGUAACAGGCGAUUCCUGGCCCACCACACUCGAUCACACCCAAUCCAUAGAUCACGGACUAGAAGUGCUGGGUAAGCUUAUUGAUGAAGACUUCCUUAUCCUCCUCCCCAUCCAAUCCCCGGAUAAGUCUCCACAAGACCAGAAAUACCACCUCUCCGCCUACAUAACCUGCUACCCCAGUGGCUUCGACCCAGCCCAGAAACUUGGCCUACAACUAUCCGCAAUCCACGCCCCCGUCCCGGGGUACAGCGAGAAACUCGAGAAAAGCAUGGACCGGUUCUUUGCGAAGCUUGAGGUUGGGAAGGCUGUUAAGAGAGUGAAUUGGACUGUUACGACGGGGGCGGGGCUUUUUGCGGCGUUUGGGGGGACGCAUGCGAAGAUGGGGGAGGAUGUUAAGCCCUUCGGGACUGGGGAGUUGGAUGUUGAAUCGACGUUCCUUCGAUGUGAGCGGCAGACGCUUCAUCGGUUACCGACUAGUAAAGCGUUGGUUUUUGCAUUCCAUACGUAUACGUACCCUAUUCAGCAGAUCAAGGAUGAAGGGCUUGGUGAGGAAUUGGCUACUGCGAUUGACGGGCUGAAAGAGGGCAACGUGCCUGAGAUGCAUUUCUACAAACGGGGUUCUGUAUGGGGAGAAGCUGUCAAAGCGUUUUUGCGGAGUUAA